AUGAGUAAUGGGGAUGAGAUAGCCAAAAAGAAUAAGCUUUUAGAGGCCAGAAGAGAGAAGCUGUUAAGGUGGAAAAGUCAGAAAGCUAAACAAGAUGCUAUUAAAGCCAAAACAGUUGCAACUACCAUAAAGGAACAAAAUUCCAAUGUUGAGAAAACUGAGGAGGAAGUUCUUGCAAAUAGAAGGGAUAAGUUACAGGCCUGGAAGUUGAAGAAAAGGAAAGAAACCACGAGUGAAGAACCAGAGCAGGUAUUAAUUAAGCCUAAGAAGGUUAAAAAGAAUAAAAAAAAGAAACUUAGCUUCGACAUUGAUUAUCAAGAACCAAAUAAUAAUACCAUUCCAUUAUUUAGACCACCAGUUUCUAAUAAUAAUGAAAUAGAAAAUGAGGAUAAAAGUGCUUUACCUGAUACCGUAAUGCGUACCGAAGCCGAUGCCCUUGAUGACUUUAUGUCUAAAUUGAACCAACAAGAGGAAAAGAAUGACCCUAAAUCUAAUCAACUAAGCACUUCAGAUAUACUUGAUGGAAAUGAGGAAAAUAAUGGUGAAGAUGUUUCGUUGACGGAUGAUAUAGAUGAGAAGCAGGCUGCUCAUUAUAAGAAAAUUGCGAAGAUGAAACAACUGAAAAAGGUUACAGAGGUAAAAUAUAAUAUAUCGGAGUUAGAACCUUUCCAAAAACAAUUUUAUGUUGAACAAGAAGAUGUACGUAAAAUGACAACAGAACAAGUUGAAGAAUUAAGACUGGAUCUUGAUAACCUCAUUAUUAAAGGUAAAGAUUGUCCAAAUCCUGUCACAAGAUGGUCGCAAUUAGGGUUAAGCACGUCCUUAAUGAAUAUGAUUACAAACAGUUUAAACUUUAAGCAAUUGACACCUAUUCAGUCACAAGCUCUUCCAGCAAUUAUGUCUGGAAGGGAUGUAAUUGGGAUCUCUAAGACUGGCUCCGGUAAGACAAUAUCUUACUUAUUACCUUUAAUCAGACAUAUUAAAGCGCAAAGAAAUCUAGCUCCUGGUGAAACAGGACCAUUGGGUUUAAUCUUGGCUCCAACAAGAGAGUUGGCACAACAAAUAUAUGAGGAAACUAUUAAGUUUAUUGGGAAAGAUAAAGAUCUUUCAUGUGUUUGUUGUACAGGUGGUUCGGAGUUAAAGGAACAAAUCAGAAUUCUAAAGAGGGGUGUUAAGAUAUUGGUGGCGACACCGGGACGUUUCAUUGAUUUAUUGACAUUAAAUAUGGGAAAACUGGUUAAUACUAGACGUGUAACAUUCGUUGUGAUUGAUGAGGCUGAUAGAUUGUUCGAUAUGGGUUUUGAACCUCAAAUUACCCAGAUUAUGAAAUCAAUUAGACCUGAUAAACAAUGUGUUUUAUUUAGCGCUACAUUUCCUAAUAAAUUACGGAGUUUUGCAGUCAGAGUCUUGCAUAAACCUUUAAGUAUUACUGUUAAUUCAAGUAAUAUGGUUAAUGAAAAUAUUGAGCAAUCAUUUGUAGUAUGUGAUUCCUCUACGGAGAAAUUUGGUGUGUUGCUGUCAAUUCUAUCUAAUCAAACAAAUAAUGUAACCAGUAAUGCUCAAAAUGAUGAAAGUACAGAUGAGCAAUCGGAUGAGAAGACGAUUAUUUUCGUUGCUAGUCAACAAAUUUGUGAUUUUGUUGAAAAACAAUUAGUACGCAACGGGUUUGAGAUCUUCUCGAUACAUGCUGGUAAACAAUAUCAAGAGAGAAUUUCUAAUCUUGAAUCCUUUAAAAAGAUCAAGAAUAGUAUUCUUCUGUGUACAGAAGUCAUGUCUAGAGGUCUUAAUGUCCCUGAGGUUUCAUUGGUGAUUAUUUAUAAUGCUAUUAAGACAUUUGCUCAAUACGUUCACACUACAGGUAGGACAGCUCGAGGUGUAAAUCACGGUAAGGCAAUUUCUAUUUUAGAACCAGAUGAGAUCGCCGCUGCAUAUAUAUUGACUAAGGCAAUGCAUAAGCAAUUAGAUACCCAACCUAUACAACAGGUAACUAAAUUAAGAGCGAUGAGUAAAGAGUUUGAAGAUGGUAUGAAAAAUGGAAAAUAUAUGUUAUCUACAGGAUUUGGUGGUAAAGGCCUUGACAAUUUAGAUUCGAAGAGGGAACAAAAGGAGUUAAAAGAAAGAAAACAAUAUGAAAAUGUAUCUGGAGAAAAUGUCACCAAGAAAGAACAAAUUAAAGAUGUUGAUAACAAUACAAACGAUGCAUCUGACGAGGAAAUAAUAAUACCAAAGUUAGAGUACACCAUAAUUAAAGAGGAGAAUCCCGAUGGGUCUAUCAUAUAUAGUGCAAACGUUAAUAUUAAUGACCUUCCUCAAUUAGUAAGAUGGGAAACCUCCAAAAAUACUACUCUGUCUUUUGUGAAGAACGAAACUGGUUGUAGUAUAACAAAUAAAGGUAGAUACUAUCCUCCAGGGCAAGGUCCUGUGACAGAGAAAGAUCCACCGAAACUUUACCUGUUAAUUGAAGGGAAGGAAGAGAAAGAUAUCAUUUUAGGUAUUAAUUUACUAGAGGAGAAGCUGAAGGAAGGGAUGAAAAAAGUUGAAUAUCAAACAAUUAAAAGUCAUAAGUUCUAA